AUGCCGGCCAGGUUUUCUUUUCAGAAGCUGAGAGAAUGCACUCAGGGGUUCGGUAAAAAACUUGGAGAAGGUGGAUUUGGAUCUGUUUAUGAAGGGAAAUUAGGUGAACUGAGAGUCGCAGUGAAACGUUUGGAAAGUGCUAGACAAGGAAAGAAAGAAUUCUUGGCAGAGGUAGAGACAAUUGGAAGCAUCGAACACAUCAAUCUUGUCAGGCUGAUUGGCUUUUGUGCAGAGAAAUCUCAGAGGCUUCUAGUAUAUGAAUACAUGCCGAGAGGGUCACUUGAUAGGUGGAUCCAUUACCGCCACAACAAUGCUCCACUCAAUUGGGGCACGCGAUCUAGAAUCAUUCUGGAUAUUGCCAAAGGCCUAUGCUAUCUUCACGAGGAGUGUAGGAGAAAGAUAGCUCAUUUAGAUAUCAAACCGCAAAAUAUUCUACUAGAUGAGAACUUCACUGCCAAAGUGGCUGAUUUUGGACUAUCUAAGCUAAUAGAUAGGGAUCAAAGCAAGGUAAUGACGGUUAUGAGAGGCACGCCUGGGUAUCUGGCACCUGAAUGGUUAACCUCGCAAAUCACUGAGAAAGUGGAUGUCUACAGCUUUGGAGUAGUUGUCAUGGAGCUAAUAAGUGGGAGAAAAAAUAUUGAUAAUUCUCUGCCUGAGGCGAGUUCCAACCUCAUCAAUUUGUUACGAGGAAAGGCUCGAGAUAAUCAAUUGAGUGAUCUGAUUGACAAGCAUAGUGAAGACAUGCUCUCACACCAGGAGCAAGUGAUCCAAAUGAUGAAGCUUGCAAUGUGGUGCUUGCUAAAUGAUGGCUGUCAAAGACCUUCAAUGUCAACGGUGAUCAAGGUACUGGAGGGUGUGACAAGCAUAGAAACUGCAAUUCUUCACAGAUUUAUCGAUGCAAAUUCAAUCAUGCCUGUUCAAGAUAAUAUAUCUGCAUAUUCAGUUCAACCUCAAGCAUCAACCUUGUCGGGACCAAGGUGA